GGGAUGUUUGUAAACAAAAUUGAUGUAAUUCGGUUCAGUUCCGAGAAAAAACGCAAUUCGAACGACAAUAAAAUAAUAUGAAAACCUCUUUCGAAACAGUUAUUAAUUAUUCAAGUGAAAUACAGUUACAAUAGAACAAAUUAAAAGUUAGUUUAAUAGUAAAAAUUAGUAUCUCAGAGUGCCCACAAUGCUUCUCUACCGUUCGAUAUCACGCCUCGCGCUGAAGGGCCAAUCCAACAUCAACGCACUAACCCGGUCAAACCUGUGCACAGAUGCGCUCAGUUCCAGCCCGGCAUCGGCCGUCUCCGUAAAGACCAUCCAGGAAAAGUGGACCAGCCGCUUCCAGACGGAAAAUGUCCCCGAGGCAACCACGUCGAUCACCAACAUCCUGGCCCAUGUACUGCAGCUGUCCUGCCUGGGCGAUGUGGACAAGAACAAGGACGCAGUACUGAGCGAUGCUCAGCUGGCCAAGAUCGAAGAACUGUGCGAGUGCCGGAUUGCGCGGAUGCCGGUGCAGUACAUAAUCCGCGAGUGGGACUUUCGGGAUAUGACGCUCAAGAUGGUCCCACCGGUGUUUAUCCCCCGGCCGGAAACGGAGGAACUAGUCGAGCUGAUCUUGCAGCAGAUUGAUAUGCAGAAGGAGUUUAGCUUUCUGGAGAUUGGAUGUGGCAGUGGAGCGAUUACGCUGUCGCUGCUGAAGCAGGUUCCUAAGGCAACGGCCAUCGCCCUCGACCAAAGCAAACUCGCCUGCGAGCUAACGCUGGAAAACGCCAAACGUUACGACUUCAGCAAAAAGCUGCGAAUAUUCAAGCAUAAGCUGGUGGACAACCUACCGGACGAGCUCGCGGGGCACCGAUUCGACAUGAUCGUGAGCAACCCGCCGUACGUUCCGUCCGGCCAGCUGCAACGGCUCGAUCCAGAGGUGAAAGUUUACGAGGACUUGCGAGCGUUGGACGGCGGACCGGACGGGCUAACGGUAAUCAAGGCAAUAUUGACCAUCGCCUCGGAUCACCUCGCCGACGAGGGCAUUUUGUGGCUCGAGGUCGACACGAGCCACCCUCCGUUGAUUGCUGGGUAUUUAGAGGAGCACGGCGAGCGGUUAGGACUGAAAUACGUUUCGUCCUACAAGGACUUGUUCCGAAAGGAGCGGUUCGUGGAGAUAGUCAAAGUUUAAAGCAAGCAAUGUAAACCAAAUGUAUUGUUAACCUGUUAGCAUUUUGAAAAACCUGAAAAAGACAUAAACGCUUCGAUUUCACCUUA